AUGGCUACUAUCAAAAAGAUGACAGAGCUACUUCCUAGUUGGGUCCAGGAGCUGUGCGACAUAUCUGGUCAUGGAAGAAGUGGGAAGGACCUUAGCAAGGGAGGCGCCAGACACCACCACAAGGUCCUGUGUGACAGCAUCCAGGACACCACCAAGCCCACCAUCCACCACCUGGCUUCAAGCGCAUCUCAGACCUCAUCUACGAGACCCGUGGCAUGCCAGGAUGCCAUCACCUACACAGAGCACAAUCAGCACAAUACGGUCACGGCCAUGGACGUGGUCUAUGUGCUCAAGUGCAGGGGCUGCAGCCUCUAUGGCUUCUGCGACUGA